AUGGCUCCCAACUCCCGCAUCAUCCUCACUCGCCAUGCCCAGGCCGAGCACAAUGUCGACCUUGAUUAUACCAUCCCCGACGCACCUCUCACACCUCUCGGCCGGAAACAAGCAUCCUCCCUCUCCACCCAAAUCAACUCGACCUCACCAGGCCUCCUCUCCGAAGUCGAUCUAGUCGUCUCCUCCCCACUCAAACGCACCCUGCAAACAACCUACCUAGGCUACAAGCCCACCAUCGACCGUCUCGGCGGCCUCGGCAAAGUCAUCACCCUCCCUCAAGCCCAAGAAUGCAACGACUUUCCCUGCGACACCGGUUCCUCCGCCGCAACCCUCUCCGCGGACCCGGAGUUCCAGGAAUUCAACUUUGAAAAUUUGACGGACGACUGGACUUCCAAGCAAGGAUUCUGGGCCGCGGAUGAGCAGGCUUUGACGGAGCGAGCGAGGUGGGUGAGGCAGUGGUUGAGGAAGCGUCCGGAGAAGUGUAUUAUUCUGGUCGCGCAUGGAGAUGUGUUGAGGCGGAUUACGGCGAAUGAGAGAGGGCCGAAUGGGCAUGGGUGGAAGAAUGCUGAGGCGAGGGUGUUCAGGUUCAAGGAUGGAGAGGAUGAGGAGGAGUGCUUUUUGGUGGAGGAGGGUGGAGAUGGGGUUGUUGCUGUGGCGGGAGGGUAUGCGCCGGGGAGUAGUGAGAUUUUUGUCGAUGAGGGGGUUGGGAAGUUGUGA